AUGGUGGCCAACCGGCAAGAGCGAACCUACAUUAUGGUCAAGCCCGAUGGCGUCCAGCGGGGCUUGGUAAGCGAAGUGCUCAAGAGAUUCGAGCAGAGGGGCUACAAACUCGUGGCGCUUAAGAUGAAAUCACCCGACGCGUCCCUCUUGGAGGAGCACUACGCCGAUCUCAAGGGAAAGCCCUUUUUCCCUGGUUUGAUCUCUUACAUGUCGUCCGGCCCUGUCGUGUGCAUGGUCUGGGAAGGCACAGACGUCGUCAAGCAGGGACGCCGGAUGCUCGGCGAGACCCGACCUCUUGAGUCCAACCCAGGCACUCUCCGUGGCGACUUCUGCAUCGACGUGGGCCGCAACAUUGUCCACGGCUCGGACAGCGUAGAGAGUGCCAAUAAGGAAAUCAACCUGUGGUUCACCCCCGAAGAGAUCUGCGAGUGGACCUCUGCCCAGCACAAGUGGGUUUAUGAGCAGUAA